CCGAGAUCGAACGAGCAACGAAAAAGUCACCACCAAAGUCAACGAAGAUCGCCUUGUUGACAUCGCCGUAUCAGGACCCAUCAGCUAUGCUCUCAACCGGUUCUGGUAGCACUGCAGAACUAUCAGCAAAGAUCUUUGCAGAAGUACUACCGAGAAAAUCCGGCCGCAUCUUCAUUGGAUUCCCAACUGCUCAGACAACCGGUUAUCUCGCCCAUAUCUCAGCGCCGUCGCUUAUCCCGACAGUCGAGCGAGAGAAUGUCGACAUGAAUGCACGAUACAUCUCUACUUGGAACAUCGAACUCCUGCGCGUAGCUGGUCUCGCCUGCCGCAUAUCUUACGUGUCCGAGAUGGCUGAGAUCCAAGCUCGCGUAAAGCCGGAAACAGUUGAUGCAUUGGUUCCUAGGGCUAUCUACACCUUACAGCAGUAUACAGCGAAUGCCUCUCACCCCUCGACAGCGCUUGGUGAGAAGAUCGAUGAAGCUUUCUGGAACUGCUCCAAGGAGCGCUCGAUCGCAAUCCUUUCCACCAAAGGUGUCAUGGCCAGUAAAAACGUACGCAUGCCUGCGGAGACGCUGAGUUUCCUCGGAGAGGUGCCGAUGGUACCCCAGCAGCUGGCCACUGAAGCAGUCACAUUCAUGCUCAGCUUACACAAGCGAGGAUUUAUCACUGAGCUCACAAUGCAGGACAUUCGCCAAGGGUUGGAAUCUCGUGCUCUCAAUGAGGAAGAGUUAAGCGAAUUCAUACGGUGGUGCGGUGCGAAGCUCGAAAGUGGCGAAAUUGACAUACCUGGAUCGCGCAGUCUAUUCGAGAACACCGUCGCGAACAUCGAUGUACAACCAGAAAAUAAUUCGGGCAGGAUCCUUGCCCUCGGAGACAUCAGCACCUACGUGAAUCCAGCCAGAAUUACACCAACGCUACCUUUGCCAGCUGACACAAUACCGUUCACGUUUACCAAGAAUAUGACAGCCAAGCAAUUGCAGAUGUUUGGCUGGAUUGAGCUAUCCAUGGUUCGUUGGCUUCGGCACCUCACAACACCACCGCAGCUUGCGGAGUUCACUGCGUCGGAGACGUUAGCAUUGUCAAUGCUUAGUCUGGCAUCAAAAUGUUGGGAACAGCUCGAUGGCACUGCAAAAGAGACUGUUGUGAAGAUCUUGACGCCACAUACCAUCAUGCCCACCAAGGUAGGGAUGCGGCGCCCACAGGAAUCCUACUUCCCAACGGUCAAGCUGUUCGAUGAUCUUCCUACGGUGAAACCUUUCGCUGGCUCAAAAGAAAAGUUCCUGCUAGCUUUGGGUGUCCGGAAGACUAUUGAUCUUCCUAUGGUGUUCGAUAGAAUGCGGAACAACGACACUGCAACUGGCUCUGACAAAGCAUCUUGGAACCAUGUGGAUCUCAUCAAGUACUUCGCAUCAGUCAUUGAUGAAAUACCAAAGAGGGAUCUGGAUCGACUGCGGGAAACACCUUUCUUGCCUGGAGAAGGAAAGCUAAUCAAACCAGGACAGUUGCUUAAGGCUUCGGAGCUUUACGCUCCAGAUCAGGCCAUCUUAUCGCUCGGUCUGACGCAAGUGAAAAUACCCUUCGAGUUCAAAUCCAAUCUACGUGAGGGGGCUCUCUUGUUGCGCCUGGGGCUGAAGCAAUGGCCUGAUUCCACCACGAUUGCGAACAUCCUCCAUCGUGCUGGCCAGGCAAGCGACCAGCAGUUGUACUUUCUGGCUCUGGAUUAUUUCUUACAGAAUUACUACAAGAACAACUACGGUGCAGAAGUAGCUAAGUUUGCGGCUCUCACCCUUCCGAUUCUGCCGACAGAACAGGCGCCGUUCCCAAACCUUGUUGCGCCAUUCCAAUGUUACAUGAACGAGAACGCGGCGUGCUUGGGCUUCGCUAUUCUGAGGUCCGAUCUUCGUCCACAUGCUGAAAAGUUCGGCGUCAAGCGGGACCCUGCGAUCACACCCUGUGUGCAGCAGUUGCUCAAGGCGCCGCCAAAGAGCAAGAUCGAUGCGGAAAUGCAGUUUGCAUACUUCGCCAGCAGAGGAGCUGAGCUGGACCAGUCUCGUGGACUCAUGAACAGCUUGUCGACCGCCAGUAUUGUGCCCAUAUUCCGGAAGUACUACCUUGACCCGAGCUGUAUUGGCUUCGAGGACAGCUCAAAGCGACAAACAGGCAAGACGGAGAUGCGCAUUCACCACUACAAUCCGCCAGAGCAUGUCUUCGUUGGUCGUGACCAAGAGUAUCGGGGUAUCCUCGAUUACGUCCAUUAUGGUGCGGAAGCCACAGCAUUCCUGUUGAAGAUUGGAGCGAAGCACGAGCCUAGUACUCGUGACCUAGCAGAGCUUCUGACCUUCAAACCGGCUCGCUUUCUGAACACCAUUGGCCAGGAGAAGUACCUCGACUUGCUCCGGAAGCUGGCUGAACAUGCACCUACGCUGUGGAAGGACAAGGCAGUGGUCGAGAAGCUGGUAGCGUCAAGGAUACUGCUCGGAUACAGGGACAUCAAGGAGGAUAUCAAGAAGGAGGAAGCUGUAGAAGACGAUCUGGAUGAUUUUGACGAGCCAGGUAUGCAGCGCGAGUGGUCGCUGAACAGCGCCAGGGAUAUUGUCAUCAUUGAUGAUGUCAAUCAUCUUUACAGGUUCCGCGACUACAUCAUUGCAGCACCACAAGAAGAGGCACUUGAAGAGUUUUACGCGCGCUUUGGUGCGCCAAAGAUUUCGGACCUUGUCAAGACCAAUCAGACUAUCGGUGCUGUAGCUCGCGAUCAGAGUCCUGCCAUUCAUCUGCGCAAAGACAUCCUGGAACGCGCUCGGCUGUUUCUUCACGAGUACGAGCGGGACGGCUCAUCGAAAGCUAUCAGGCACGAUGCAAAGUGGCUUGCAUCCAACUUGACUGUACAUUGCGUAUCGGACAUCUCGAUUCGUUAUUCGCUCGCAGAGCGCAACGUCACAACUUCAUCCAAGAAGACGGCUAUCAUCCUCAAGAUGCGGGCUGCUGGCUACGUUCUGAGCAUCACACCGAAGUACGACCUGUACGAGGUGUCCAAGGAGCUCGUCAGACUCUUGAUCUCGCGACCGAAGCAGAACGACACGAUCGCUCUGGAGCGCAUCCUAACAGAACCACUUCGAAGAUUACAACAGAAGGGUAUCAAUGUAGAGCGUAUUCUUCGUCGUAAGGAGCAUGAAGCUCGUAUUGCAAAGCAGCAAGAGCUGGUGCAAGAGCAGGAGGAACGUCAACGCGCGGCAGAGCAAGCAGAAUCUGCUGUUGUCAAGGCAGGAGAUACCGAGAACAUCCCUCCACCUUCUACUCCUGAGAAAUCUAACAACAUGCCUGGUGCUUUCGGCAACAGCCCGGACAACUCAAUGGAACUUGCCAACAACAACAACAAUCGCCAACCGAUGGAAAAUGGGUUAAUCAACAAUUGGGCGAAGAAGCUAGGCUUCAAGAAUGCACCCACACCGGCUCCUGAGAUCAGGGGUACUGAUGGGCCACAGAUCAGUCGCGACAUCCAAGCCACAAAGUCGAACAUCCAAAAUGCUAUCAAGGAAUGCAGGCCGGCCGGGCAGCAGAAUAUCAACACCAAGCACCACCAGGAUCCGACAGAGCUCGAUAGAGGCGGCUACUGCAAUGGUGAGCAGUGGGAGAACUUACACAAGGCUUUCUCUGUUCCGUUCAACGGCAGGCAUGUCGACGUUUACUACGGCCGCGACGAAGCUGCGCCACCUGCAGAACUGCAGCCACAGCUCAACAGCUUCCUUCCUCUCAUCUUCGGUUUGACUGGCAUAUUCCAGGUCAACCCUGCGGCUGUCAACAUCUUCCUCGACAAGAAAUCCAACACCGUCGCUUUCAAUCUGAAUGGCAGUCUUUUCUUCAACCUAGCGUGGUUUAUGGCGUUGCACGCGCCGAACUUUGGCGACCGGGAAGGCAGAUUGCGGGCGCUGGACAGCUGGUUCUUCACCUACUGUCACGAGUUGGCGCACAACCUGGUAGCGGACCACAAUGCUAGGCACAACUGGUACAAUCAGCAGAUCGCUAUCGAGUACAGUCAGCAGUACCGGGCAGCGUUAGAGGGUUUCACGAAGAACCUCUUGAUCUGAUUUUCUUUUGCUCUAUCGUUUGCUGAACAGAAGUUUGGCACUGUUUUCUUAUAGAUGGUGCAUAGUACGGCGUUGCUCUUACCAAGUGCCUCCGCAUUUCUAUAGAUUUUCGCAUAGAACUUCAU